AUGAUCCUCCUUGCAUCGCCUCCUUCGGAAUUCGGAGGUACCGUAGGGUUUGACUUUACGGCAUCAUCACGUACCCCGCUCGGUCUCGGCAAACCGCGUUACCCGGUAGAUGUCCUCUCUGCUCUCGUCUCCUCUCUUUGUGCUUCACCUAAUCAGCGCGCGAUGAAGCCUACGGAAGAGCACGAGGCCGCCUGGCAGGCCUUCGCACAGGUCAUGCGAUUUAACUCGAGCGCUGUGAAGUACUUGCAGAUAUCGGAAUUGGACGAGUUCCCCGUCGCGGACAAGAGGGGGAGGAAGAUGAUCGAUGGGUGGAAGAUCAACUGGGAAGGGAAGAUACCUCCAGAGUGGGAUAAUGGGAAUGGAAGCAUGCACGGGGCGCAGUCAGCUUGGCUCGUUGACGUUUGCACCUCGGCAGCUAUCUUGUUACAUACGACGGAUGAGUUCUGGGGACCUCCUCUGAGAGCUGGCGUGUCACUCAAUAUCAACAUGACCUACUAUCAUCCCGCGAUAAUAGGCACGGACAUACUCGUCGAGGUAGAGGUCCUAAAGUGUAGCGCUACUACCGCGAACCUCAGCUGUAAUAUUCUUGAAAAGGGCACUCGCAAAUUGCUGGCUUCCGGGACUCAUCUGAAAGCUUGGAGACCAAUAAACCGGUCAAAGAUGUGA